AGCUAAAAGUUCUCUGCCAAAGGAGGGGGAGUGUCAGUGUCCUGGCAAAACAAAGCAAGGUUUCUCGUUUGUUGUGAUAGAGUUGCUCAGAAAGAUAGUACAGGUCACCUACAUAGUGUAUAUAUAGUGUACAGCUAUUACUACUGUAGCUUAUUGGCCGGAGCCUAGCUAGUAUCAAUAGUAGGCCAUUCAUGAAUAAGACCAUCCAGUCUAAUAACUGACUAAUAAACUGGUACACUCCUUCUCAUACAUACAGAGUGGGAUUGAUACAGAAGUUGCCUAGUGAUGUCAACCAACUCAAUCACAGCCACUAUAACAUCGAAUGUUGAUGCCAGAGGACUCGCUAUCAUAAUCACCAAUGACUAUCGUAACUGUACUAGCUUACGUCCUCUACCUGGAACGUUAAGUGAUGGGACGAGUAUGAAAGACACCUUUGAUUAUCUUGGUUUUGUUGUUCAUUGGGAGAAAAAUGUUAAUAAUCUACAAAUCACAAAAUUAAUUCACGAAGCUUGCAGUUUCCAAGACUAUCACAAGUUCAAGAAGUACGAGUGCAUUGUAUUUGUUUUCUCUGGCCAUGGUGAUUUGGGAGACAUUGUGUACCUACAGGACGGCUCAAAAGUUAGUAUUGGUGAGGACAUAAUCAAACCAUUUCUCCCAAAAGCAUCUCCGAUUAUGGGCAAACUACAAAAGCUUUUCUUCUUCGAUGCCUGUCGCGGGAAACAAGAAAGCAGAUCUGUGAUGGUUCCAAGAAGUGGUCCGACUAGCGGAGGGCAUGACAAUUCCUCAACUUUUGAGCAGCGAGGAGGAUCACUAAUUGAGAGAAUCCGAGUUCCAGAGGAGGGUGGCUUUUUAGUUGCUUAUUCCACCAUGUCUAACCACACAGCAUGGGAGAGCACCAAGGGAGGUGCUUGGCUGCAGAAACUGGCUGAAGAGAUCAGGACUAACACUACUAGCUCUAUCGAGGACGUGCUGACAAAGGUGAAUAGUGAUUUCAUUGAAUACCCAACUACAAACGUGCAGCAACCCGAGAAGCUCUCACGGCUCAAUAAAGUUGUCUUCCUUCAUCCACAAGUUGCUUCAAAAGUUAAAAUUGCAGCUGUUUUCCCUUCACCACCUACACCCUCACUGGACCGCACUAACGACACACUGCCACCUCAUACUCCAUCUCAUGCUCAAAUCCAGUCAGCUGCGUCUUACGUCCCUGAAUGGACAGUGGACAAUGAUGCAGUUCGUCAACUGAGACAUUGUUAUCCAUCUGCUACAAUCAACAACUUCAAAGAUUACCCACACGUCCCAGCUGAAUGCAAGGGUGUCACGUACUAUCGCAGCACGGCCACUGUCAUUGUGCCUGAUCAAAACAGUGUUGUUGGUGAUAGCCACAAAUAUCUUGUCAAUAUACAGCUUUCAAGAGAGAUGGCUAUUAUGGACGCUUUAUCGAAAUUACAGUCCUUACAGGAAGAAUGUGGCAAUGAAAUGUCUCCAUGUGCGAAUUCUCCUCGAAACAGCUCUACCUUAGCUGAGCAACAAGUGAAACGCUUCUUCAAGGAGAACCAUAUCAACCCCCAGUAUUCUUAUCAAUCUGACAGUAUGACAGGAUCUACUCGUCAUCGCUGCAUUGUACGUUACACAAUAAACGAACAAAGAAAGAAAGUCGAUAGUGGCCAUUAUUACCCUGAGAAACAAGACUCUAAAGAGCAAGUUUUUAAGUUGAUACUCUCAAGAGAAAACAUUUCUCAAGAUACUAGUAACCUGACGUAGUAGAGUGCCUUAUUAUAGACUCCAAACUAUUUAUACUGUUUUAUUCCUAAUUCGGAGACUAUUAAUAAUUUGUGUGUGCGUAUGUGCAUGUAUGUCAUAGUCUACUAUAUGUGUGUAUCACCAUUCAUUUUUUAUAUGACAGGAUGUCUAUCAUACUAUUUACAUGUAAUGGA